GGGCCUGAUACUUACAUAUAAACAACACGCUAGUACUCGUCUUGCACCCUCCUCUGUCUGCCCUCCAUCCCCGAUGUCUCUGUCUCUCCUCCGCUCAUCCGUAGGGCGCACCGCCGUCCGCGCGGCUGCCGCCCGCUCCGCUGCACCCCGUGCCUCGCGCAUCGCCUUCCGCAAAUACUCGACCGAAACUCCGACGCCCCCGAAGGCGUCUUCUAACACCGGUCUUAUCGCUGGCGUCGCAGCGGCUGUCCUCCUCGGCGGCGGAUUCUACCUCUACUCCUCCGCUGACGCGGAGACCGCGGCGAAGAGCAAGAUCCAGGCCGCGAAGGCCGCCGUCAAGUUCACCCCCACGCAGGAGGACUACCAGAAGGUGUACAACAAAAUUGCCGAGCUCUUCGAUGAGGCUGGUGACUACGAUGACGGGUCGUAUGGACCCGUUGUCUUGCGCCUUGCGUGGCACUCGUCGGGGACCUAUGACGUGGAGACCAAGACCGGCGGAAGCAACUACGCUACCAUGCGUUUCGAGCCCGAGUCCCUGCACGGCGCGAACGCGGGUCUCGACCUCGCCCGGGGCCUGAUGGAGAAGAUCAAGGCCGAGUUCCCGUGGAUCUCGUACGGCGACCUGUGGACCCUCGGCGGUGUCGCCGCUGUCCAGGAAAUGGCUGGCCCCAAGGUCCCCUGGAGGGCCGGACGUAUCGACGGCACUAUCGAGAAGGUCACGCCCGAUGGACGGCUGCCCGAUGCGACGCAGGGUGCUGCGCACCUGCGUGCUAUCUUCUACCGCAUGGGGCAAGUGAACUCUAUCGCUUCAACGACCAGGAAAUCGUGGCUCUCUCCGGUGCUCACGCUCUCGGUCGGUGCCACAGCACCCGGUGAGAGCUUCCUCGCCUUGGACCGCUGCUGUGUGGAAUGCGCGCUCAUGGGGAUUCGUCGCAGCUCCGGAUUCGAGGGCCCGUGGACCUUCUCUCCGACUACCCUGACCAACGACUACUUCAAGCUGCUGUUCAGCGAGAGCUGGGUGUGGAAGAAGUGGAGCGGCCCGAAGCAGCUCGAGGACAAGAGCACACGUUCGCUGAUGAUGCUUCCCACCGACUACGUUGUUAUCUCUGACAAGAGCUUCAAGAAGUUCGCCAAGGCAUAUGCCGACGACAACGAACUGUUCUUCAAGGACUUCUCCGCUGUUGUCGCGAAGCUCUUUGAGCUGGGUGUCCCCGCUGAGCAGUGGGCGUCGUCUGAGCCGUGGACGAUGAAGACGCUCGACGAGCAGAAGGCAUGAGCGCCUCGAAUGUAGACAGAUGUUCGAUGCUACUAUCUGAUAAGUGUUCUUGGUCCUACGAAAA